AUGAAAGGGAUUCCUCCAAAGUACACGAUUGUGGACGUGGACAAACAGUCGAAUCCUUGGAUCUUCUACGUCCAGGUCACGGUGGCGGACGUGACUGCGGUGGGACUCGGCUUGGACAAGAAGGACGCUAAAAGGAAUGCGGCCUCAAAAGUUCUCAACUCGUUUGGGUACAACUUUGUAGUCAAGGAGCCAGAGCCAAGACCCAAAGAAGACAUCACAUCUCAGCAGAUAGAGACUGAUGUUCUUGAGGAGGUCCCCGAGGUUGAUGAGACACAACAGGACCAGGAAUGUUCUGUAGCUCAAGACAACUCAAUCCAGACAGAGGAGACCCAGUCCCCAACAGAGGAGACAUCUGUGGACACAUCUGCUGCUUACCAAGACGAAGCAGCAGAGGUUUUCCUGGAUGGCACUGAGGAGGAGGUUCAGACACCUCCAGAGGAGUUUGUGUUUGUGGAGUCCCUUGAAGACACUGAUACUGAUGGUCUUGAUCAGACAGAACUUCUGAGGGACCAGGAACAGUCACCAGUACUCACACAGACUGUAAGUGAGGAGGUAACGGUUAGUGAUGUUCCCCACGACGCCAGCACAACUGAAGAGACUGAGACAGAGGAGGUUGAGGAGUCACAACAGGACCAGGAAUGUGCUGUUGCUGAAGACUCCAUCCAGACCGAGGCGAUCCAGUCCCAAAUAGACAACACAUCUGUUUUGUCUUCUGCUGCUGCUGCUCAAGACGAAGCAGCAGAGGUUUUCUUAGAUAACCUAGAGGAGGAGGUUCAGACACCUCCCGAAGAGUUUGUGUAUCUAGAAACCUGCGAAGAUACUUCCAAUGAUGGUGUUGAACAAGCAGCACUUCUGGACGUCAUUGAGGAGGAGGUUCAGACACCUCCUGAGGAGAUUGUGUUUGUGGAGUCCCCUGAAGACACUGCUACUGAUUAUGUUGAUCAGGCAGAACUUCUGAGGGACCAGGAACAGUCACCAGUACUCACUAAGACUGUAAGUGAGGAGGUAACGAUUAGUGAUGUUCCCCACGACGCCAGCACAACUCAAGAGACUGGGACUGAUGUUCAUGAGGACGUUGAAGACUCACAACAGGACCAGGGAUGUUCUGUUGCUGAAGGCGAUUUCUUUCAAACGGAGGAGAUCAAGUCCCCGACAAACGACACAUCUGUUUUGUCUUCUGCUGCUUCAACUCAAGACGAAGCAGCGGAGAUUUUCUUAGAUAACAUUGAGGAGGAGGUUCACACACCUCCCGAGGAAUUUGUAUAUCUUGAAACCUCCAAAGACACUUCCACUGAUGGUGUUGCACUUCUGAGUGACCAGGAACAGUCACCAGAAGUCGCACUGACUGAAAACAAAGAGGUAACAGUUCACAAGUUCCUUGAUCAGUCUGAAGAUGACCACACCACAGACUUUGAAGAAACUGUUGGAACCACAGAUGAAAAUGGUCCGACAAGUCCUUUAGAAGACUUGACUCUGAGGGCUCAAGAGACAGUGGUCAAGGACACGGUUCGGGCUAUGUCACAACCUGAUAUUAUCACCGAGGAUGUCGUUGAGUCAUCGGACACGUCUACUGAACCAUGUAGGAUUUCUCCAACUUUCAUAAGAGAGUCCUACUUCAUCACCAACGCACUCACCGAAAAACUGUUCAAACUGGCUGGAUCCAAAGACCACCGUAAAGCCAGUCUGAUGGGAGUCCGUCUGCAUCACAGAAUCAAGCAGCAGCUGGAGUUAGAAGAAAACUCUCAGAUGAAGAUGAAGAACUCAGAGAAAAUCGGUAAAACAGCCGCCAAACGUCUCAUGGCGGAUUAUGGAUCGGCAGCCGCAGUCCUGAGGGCGGCUGUGGAGGACGACACAGCUGCAUUUGAAGCGGCUGCAGCGAAACAUAUAAACGCUGAACUGAGAUCCUUCCAGAAGCGUCCCAAGUCUGCGCUGUCACGGCUCUUCUCCAGGAUGAGGAGAGCCUUCACCUUCUAA